AUGACGACGACUACAGGCCACUCCCAGACACCUGCAGGACCUUCUAUUCAACAUCCACAACGUUGUCAGCAGCAACAUCAUCGAGUACGAAGCUCUAGUAAUGCGUUACGUCAUCAGGACGACAGGAAACAGGCGAUGGAGUACAUGGGGUAUACAGGAGGGUACACUGGAGGGUACACUGGAGGGUAUGCUAGUCAGCAGGGUCACGAUUCGAAAGCGGAUCAGAUCCCGCCUCAGAUUCCAAUACGCCAAAAAGGAUCACGACAUUAUGAAAUACAGGACAAUUAUCGUCCUAGGAUGGAUCGAGACGAGGAGUUAGCAGGACGUCCUGCAAUGAUUGCAAUCAAUCAGGACGAGUUACCAUAUAAUGUCAAAAAAGAACGUCAUCAUGGAGACAGGAAUGUGGAAAGUCAAGGCAAAUCUCGUCAUCAUUCACGACCAAUGGAUGAAUAUCGUGGAAAUAGUAAAAUUGGCUCAUUUCAUGGCAAUUGUCGAAGCAGUCGAUCAGUAAAUGAAGGCAAUAAUAAGCACAGCCAUAGCGGGAAUCGAGGCCGUUUGGCUACGACAACUGGACCUCCUGUUGACAACAGUCACAACAGAACUCGAGAUAUUGAUCGAGAUAUGGGAUCUCGACCUCGUCACUUUAGUUCUCAGGGUGCGUCUAACGAAGCACGUACUGGUACUUUGGCACCAUUUCGGAGCUCACUUCCUGGACCAAAAUUGAAACCUACUCGCGAACCAAUGGCUUGGCGUGUUGCUAUUGAUCCUAAAUCGAAGAAACCGUACUAUUAUCACCCAAUUACUCGUGAAACGACAUGGAAAAAACCGGCGGAAUUGGUAGCGGCUGAAACGCGUGAAAAGCGUCAGUUUUUUUCCGUCAUGGAGAAUAAUAUUCGACUUAAACUGCGUGAUGGCUAUUAUACUCGUGAUAGUGAGACAUCUAACUCAGGCUUUAAUACGCCCGAUGAGGUGCACAAGGGUCAAGAAGUGUCCUCCUGUCGCUCUUCUGCUAGUACGGCUAGCACACGCAGUAGCUUGAGUUCAUAUGCGAGUGGAUCGGGGAGGUCUUUACCAGGGUCCGCCCGCCAGCUAAUUCUGAAUGCGACACGGUCGUUGCCCACGACUCCGGAAGGUAUGGGCGUGCCGCACGUAGGCCCGGGUGAAAUAACCCAGCCUCAGCAAGAACCCGAGUCAAUUGGACGUGACUCGGAGGAUAACCAGGAUGCCAACAAGCGUCCGUCGCUGUUUCGGACGCUAUCGUCUUACGAGACACCUGUGAUGAAUACGUCCCGCAAAGGGAGUGAUGGUCUGGACGUAGAUGAGGUCGGCCGCAAUGCUUCCACGUCUCUUGCAAUGCCGUCGCCUAUUCAUGAGCGUGUGCGUUUGGCUGCUCUGGUGCCGCGAGUCUCAGAUUUGGAGGCUCAUGCUCGUGCUAUUAGAGCGGCUAAUGGAAAUGGAAGACCAUCACUGCAGUUGACGCGAUUUACAGCCGGACGAGGCAGCUCGGCGUCAGCGCUUGUGAAUCGACAGGCCCCUGGAAGCAGCGGUGCUGCUCCCGCUGAUAAGCCACGCGCACUGCGACGUCGUUCCAACAGCACCAACUCCAUUUACUUGCGUAUGGGCACGAUGGAUGUACCAGAUCAAGAUGCCACGAUUCAGUGUGUAGCAACCGUGUUGCGUGCACAUAUGAUGGAAGCGUUUGAGGACCCUAUUCGCCCGGAGUCGCGUUUUGAUAUAUUUGUGACGGCCCGCGACCGCCAGCGCCUGCCAUCCAUUGCGGCUGAAUUGGAUGCCGAAGCAUCUACCUUCGUGGAAGCGGAGGACUAUGAUGUCAUGUUAGAUGUGGUCCCCACUCUGUCGGAAAUCGAAACGUUUGUCAAGCACGUGUUUUCCCGUGCUCAGAUGGAGUCAGAGUGCAUUAUUAUGAGUCUUGUGUACGUGGAGCGUCUCUUGAAGGCCACAAGUGGUUUCUUGCAGCUGCGCGGUGAGAACUGGCGUCGCUUGGUAUUUUGCUCGAUGGUGAUGGCUUCAAAGGUCUGGGACGACCUGAGCAUGACCAACGCUGAUUUUUCUAAGAUCUGGCCAGAGCUCUCGCUAAAGCAGAUCAAUGAGCUGGAGCUUGUGUACUUGAGUGCCGUAGAAUACAAUGUCCGUGUGUCGGCUGCGUCCUACGCGAAGUACUACUUCCAUCUGAGGUCGAUGUGCGCUUCAAUGGGUUUGCUGGAAGCCUUUGAUGAGAGUGCACCACUGAAUCUGGAUGGCGCACGCAAAAUGCAAGUGCUGUCGGAGGAGUACCAGGAACGCUCAAAGCUGAUGCCGGUUCCGCGUCGCCGUAGCGUGACGAUCACAACCACAUCAGCUGCCGAAAGUAUGCAGGCUGGUGCCAACGCAGGUCGUUCUGCAGUCGGCGGAGCAGCGGUCAGACUUAUCAAAGCCUCGCCCGCUGCUAGCCUGGAGCAGCUCGUGCGAAUGCAGGUGCGCGUUGCUGGUGGUAGCUCGCUGCGAUCGUCAAUGCACCGCUUGUCUGCAAUCAGUAUGACGAAGUAG